AUGCCGACGCUACAAGAGACAAUCGACCCAUCGACGCGCAUCAGACGCAUCACCGUCCUCAUCUCUGGCUCUGGCUCCAACCUCCAGGCGAUUCUCGACGCGUCGCUCACGGACCGCCUCCCAAAUGCCCAGGUGACGUACGUGCUCUCCUCGCGUUCGAACGCGUACGGCCUCACCCGCGCGGCCAACGCACACCCCGCAGUCCCGACCAGUGUGUGCGCACUAAAGACAUUCCUGAACCGCAACCCCGGCGCCACGCGCGAGAACUACGAUGCCGAAGUCGCACGUCGAGUUCUCGAGUCUCGCCCCGACGUCGUCGUCCUGGCCGGCUUCAUGCACAUUCUCUCGGACAGUUUCCUCGACAUUCUCGAGGGCCAUAAAGCUCCUCCAGCCGCCCCAGCCCUCCCCCCUCCAACUGGUGAUGUUGUCCCCAAGCACGUGGCUGCGGCCGACAUUAUCCCAGACAAGGAGCUCCCUCUUGCGCCGGCGACGCAACACUUUCCUAUUCCCUGCAUCAACCUUCACCCCGCGCUGCCUGGAGCUUUUGAUGGGGCGGCUGCAAUUCCGCGCGCGUUUGAGGCGUGGCAGAAGGGCGAGGUAAAGGGGACAGGGGUUAUGGUCCACCGCGUUAUUCGCGAGGUUGACCGCGGUGAGCCGCUGAUUGUUCGCGAGAUUGAGAUCAAGGACGGCGACACACUCCAGGACGUCGAGAACAGGAUACAUGCGGUCGAGCACGAGAUUAUCGUCGACGGAACUAAGAAGGUGCUCGAGGAACUCGAGGCAGAGAGACUGCUCGAGGAGGCGCGCACGGCCAUCGACAAGGUCACUAUCAAAGACGAGGCUGAGGUCGAGGCUGAGGUCAAGGACGAGGUCAAGGACGAGGUCAAGGCGUAG